GCAGCAGAGUUUCCGACCUGUCGCUUCACUUGAUUCGUGAUGGAUGAUAAACUGCGCAAAGCUCGUCACGCGCGCCUGCGAUCGAUCGUCCGCUCCGCAGUUAAAUUUCUCUAUCCACUCCGAUAUCUACUUCUGAUCAUUAUUACAGUGUUUUUGGUUCUAUUGUUACGUCAACGAAAUCAACAAAUUUUGAACAACGGAGUUGGGCAUUUUGGCGAACAUUUCGUAGAUUUGCCGCACAAAAGCAGGAGUGUGGAGAAAAUCGAUUACCAUAACUACGAACAGAUACAAAACGAUUUGAACCGCGUUGGUCCAGGUGAACAAGGCCAAGCAGCAACUCUUAGCCCGGAAGAAAGCGAUAGCGAGAAGCGGAAGGAGCUUUAUUACCAGAAUGGUUUCAACGCUUUACUCAGCGAUAAGAUCAGCGUUAAUCGGUCGAUAGCCGAUUUAAGACACCCAAGUUGCAAACUAAAAUCAUACCAGAGGGAGCUACCAGUGGCAAGCGUGGUGGUCCCUUUCUAUGAAGAACACUGGAGUACUUUGCUCAGAACUAUAUACAGCGUGCUUAACAGGUCACCACCUCAUCUCUUAAAGGAAGUUAUCAUUGUGGACGAUGGCAGCACUAAGGAGUUCCUGCAUGAUAAACUUGAAGAUUUUAUUAAACAACACCUGCCGAAGGUAAAACUGAUACGGCAACAGGAGCGUACCGGCCUGAUCAAAGCCCGACUUGCUGGGGCGAAAGUUGCUUCGGGCGAUGUUCUUGUAUUUCUCGAUUCGCACACCGAAGCAGGAUAUAAUUGGUUACCUCCGCUGCUAGAACCAAUUGCUGAAAAUCCCAAAACAUGUGUCUGCCCGUUGAUCGAUGUCAUCGACGAUCAAACGUUUGACGUGCAUCCCCAAGACGAGGGUGGUCGUGGACUUUUUGACUGGACGUUUCAUUACAAACGUAUUCUGGUUAAAAUUGAAAACAGAAUCUCGCCGACAGAACCAUUUCCUAGUCCCAUCAUGGCUGGAGGACUGUUUGCGAUAGCAGCUGAUUUCUUCUGGGAGCUCGGAGGCUACGAUGAAGAGCUUGACAUAUGGGGAGCGGAGCAGUACGAAAUAAGCUUUAAAAUCUGGCAGUGUGGGGGUCGUAUGUUGGAUGCUCCUUGUUCCCGUUUUGGACACAUAUACCGCUCGUACAGCCCAUUUCCAAACUCCAGAAAAUACGAUUUUAUCACACGGAAUCACAAACGUGUUGCAGAAAUAUGGAUGGAUGAAUACAAAGAGUACAUUUACGAUCGAGAUCCAGAGCGCUACGCCAAAGCGGAUGCAGGAGAUAUGACCAAAAUGAAAGCAAUUCGAGCAAAGCUUAACUGCAAACCGUUUAAAUGGUUCCUGCAGGAAGUGGCCCCAGAAAUCAUUGAGCUUUAUCCUCCUGUCGAGCCUGAACCAUAUGCUUCUGGUUCCAUUCAGAAUGUCGCCGAUUCUACGCUGUGUAUCGACACAAUGCAACGAGGCCGCGGAAAGCCCAUUGGGUUAUAUCCUUGUUCUAAUAGCCUUAAGGAACCAACGAAUCGAAAUCAGUACUUUGUACACAGCUGGCACCGCGAUAUACAGCUCAAGGAUGGCCAAGAAUGUUUCGAUGUCCCGGAGAGUAAACCUCGCUCACCAGUGACAGUUUUCACGUGUCACAUGCAUCAGGGAAACCAGUUUUUCCAAUACGAUCAUAAAACACAACAAAUCAAACGUAAUGGAGUGUGCGUUGAUAGUGAUCCUCAGGCAAAAGAGGUGUUUGUAAAUCCCUGUGAUACUAACAGUAUCACACAACGGUGGAAGUUUGGUUCUGUGAACUUGAAAUUGUUGAAACAAUGGAAGACGUACGGUGCUAAAUUUAUGUGAUA